GGCUCCUCCUCCCAGAACAUUCAACCCAUACACUUGUUAGUGCAUUUUCGCGAACAGCCUCAAGCCGUGGGCGUGGUUCCAGCCUACCUGCCAAUCAGAACGGAGUGGGCGGUGCUGGUGGCGUAACGCUGGCUGUAGAUUAAAACAUGGCGGGAGAGGGUGCUGAGGAGAUGAGGCGGUUUACCCGGGAACUGUUUCAGGGCAGCCCGGAUCUCAGUGUCCUCACCCAUUCCCGGGUCCGCUCCCGGUACCUGGCCCACACCGGCCGCUCCGCACUCACUCCCCAGGAGAUCAAGCAGCUCAAAGGCUUCGUGGAGGAGGAGCUGAUCAGGAUGCAGCAGGAGUCGUCCAGCGACGAGGAGCCACUGAUCAGGAAGGUACAGAAGAGAGGCAGAGAGAUUCCUGAACCUGAUAGUGAAGGGGGCAGAGAGCCCCCAGGGAAGAAACGGAAGCCCACAGAAGGCCAUGCUUCUGAUGAGGAGGAUUCUGGGAUUGAACCCUUUGUGAGCGACCGCAAAAGACUGUCUGGCAGUUCCUCUGAGGCGGCAGCUGUUGAGAGACAGACUGCGAGCAGGUCGGAGAAGGAAAAGAGAUCACACAGCAAGAGUAAUGAGACCGAGAGUGACAGUGAUUCCGAGGGGCCGAGCCCACCACGAAAGAGACCCACCAAAAAGAGUAAGGUGUCCGACAGCAGUGGCACAAAGGGAACAGUAAAGAAAAAGCCAUUGGAGGAAUCCAACAGUGAUCCACAGGCCAAGCCAAAGUCUGGCAAACAGGGGGCUUCUGGGAAAUAUCAGAAAGGUGGGAGGGAGAAGAAGCCAGCAAAGAAGGGAAAGAGAGCGCCUAGCGUGGGGUCAGACAGUGAGAGUGGAACAGAAGUGACAGACACCAGGCAAAAGAAAAAGCCAAAGCAGGAGAGAGACAGUGGGAGUGAGGGAGAAAGCAAAGUAAAGAAACCUGCACAGAGGAGAAAGGAGAGCGCAAGCCCCAAGAGAGCGCCGCAAGGCAAAGAGCCAGCAAAGCGAAGGAAUAAAAAAGAGACAGACAGUGAAGAAGAGAGCGAUAGUGAUGAGGAGGAGGCAGUCGAAAUGGACUCUUCAGACAGUCCCAGUAAGAAUGAGACUGGUAGCAAAAGAACAGCUGGCAAAUCAAAGGGCUCGGACAGUGAGGAUGAAGCAGAAGAGACAGACACCAGGCUGGAAACCGACCGUGAGAGUGAGGAAGAGAGCAAAGCUAAGAGAGCCAAGAGUGCAGGGAGCGCUACACUACAGAAAGGGGGAGAGAAGGUAAAAGCAGCGCAGAAACGGAGAAAGGCCGAUAGCGAGGGAGAGAGCGAUAAUGGCAGGAGCCAAUCUGAGAGCGAAGAUGAGAUGCCUAAAAAGAACUCUCCGAAGAAAGAGACAGACAGCGAGAGUGCAGAGAGCAGUGCUUCCGAGAGAGACUCCGAUAGUGAGAGUGAAAAAGAGAGCGCAGGACAGAAGAAAAGGAAAGCGAAUGGGCGCAAGGCCAAGUCAGAUAAGGAAAGCGGCAGUGCCAAGAAAAGGAAGAGACAGCCAGACAAGAAGGAGGAGACAGACAGCGAGGAUGAAGAUAAGGAGAAAGGAGAAGGUGCCAAGGACAGGGAGUCUGGUGAGGAAUCGGCCAAUAAGAAAGAAGAACCAAACGAUGGUGGAACUGAGAGCGACUCCUCUGUGGCAUCUGAUGGCGACAAGGAGAAAAGCAGCAAGAAGCAGAGUAAGAGUUCAUCCCGGGAAGACCACCCCUCGGUGGCGCGGCUGAAGCGCUACAUUGUUGCCUGCGGGGCGCGUAGGAACUACAAGAAGCUCUUCCAGGACUGCCGCUCGGUGAAAUCCAUGGUGCAGCUCCUGAAGAACGAGCUGGAAGAGUUGGGGGUUAAAGGGCAGCCAUCACUAGCCAAGUGCCGCAUUGUUAGAAUGAAGAGAGAGGAGGCAGCAGAACUGGCGGAACUGGAUACCAGUAACAUCAUUGAAACAGCUGGCCGCACAAGGCGCCGUAACACUUGGAACCCUUACCAGAACUCCCCGUCCCGGGACUCCUCCCCCACGGGAUACCGUAAGGCGGUGGCGUCGGACUCUGAGGGCGAGGAGGCCCCACCCCGGAAAAAGAAACCCAUGGACUGGUCCUCCUUGAAGGGAAUCAUCAGCGAUGAUGGGGAGAGUGAGUGAGUGUGGCUCGCCCAGUGGGUGCCCGUAUCCCAGCAUGCCUCAGUGUUGCUCCAUUCUUGUCUUUUCACCCUGUUCUACGUUAUUUUUAUAUGUAUUUUUGUAAAUAAAUGUUUCAUGCUAAAAACA